GCCCCACGCGCCUCACGCCGUGCGCCUUCCGCCUCGCCACGUCACAGCUGAGCGCGGCCCGCAGUGACAGCCGCGAGUUCACAACGUGGGAGACUCGGCCAGUGUCCGCUGCACAGUAGUCGCGAUGCCGGGCACGCGCUAGACGCUAGAGUCCACCUGCCACCCUCCGCCUAAGGCCUAGGAUACGACGCGACAACACAGGACAGGGGAGCAGAGGACGCCACUAGAGACUCGGCUCAUACGGCCCAACAUGCGCCUCAGCUGGGUUCUGGCCUGCUGCAGCCUCUGGGCGUGCGCCGUCGACGUGCGCGCCUUCACCGCCGAGCAGAUGCUGGACCUGGAGCCCGGGGCCCUGCGCCAGUUCGGCGCCGACGUAGACCCAGCUAAUGACGUGCUUCCCGAGGAGAGCGAGAUCGACCGGCUGGUGAGCCUGGAGAAGCUGAAGCAGAUGGCGGCCGAGACGGCGCGCCUGCAGCAGCAGCAGCGGCAGGAGGCUCUGCUGAUGCAGCAGCAGGAGAAGGAGCGCCAGAAGCAGCAGUUCACCUACCGCUUCCCAGAGGCGCCACCCUCCAGGUUCGCGCUGCGACCCGCCGACCCCGGCUACUACGCCACCAGUCUCGCUGCCGACGUGGACAGCGGCGAGAUGCAGGCCGGCUCGGACAUCACACUGCGGCAGGACUCUCCGCUGCUGCAGGUGGACGUGUCCCCCCUGCGCUUCCACCUGCAGCCGCCGCCGGCAGCGCCGCUGCCCGCGCUGAACGGUGGCGCCUCUGGUGGCCAGGGGGAGCGGCAGCUGUCGGCGCCGCCCAAGCAGCUGCUCGAGCCGGAGGAGCCGCAGGUGUGGCAGAAGCAGCCGCUGCCGCCUGAGCAGGAGCCGCAGCAGCUGCAGCAGCAGCAACCAGAUGUCCGCACCAGGCCGCUGCCGCCUGCCGACGACGGCUCAGACCUCUACUUCAUAGCUAUAGUGGCCGGAUGCAGUGCGGCAGCCAUCGUUGGUAUAAUUGCCAUAGGGAUUAGCUGGUACCGGCUGCAGAAGAACGCCAAGGCGGCGGCGGACGUGGAGUACCCGGCCUACGGGGUCACCGGCCCCAACAAGGAGCCGUCCCCCACGGGGGACCGCCGGCUGGCGCAGUCGGCCCAGAUGUACCACUACCAGCACCAGAAGCAGCAGAUCAUCGCCAUGGAGAGCCGCACAGGCGCCAACGAGCGUCCGGGUUCAGUGUCUGAGGCGGAGAGCGACGAGGAGGGAGAAGAGGGCGACUACACUGUCUACGAGUGCCCAGGACUCGCCCCGACCGGCGAGAUGGAGGUGAAGAACCCGCUGUUCCAGGACGAGCCGACCCCCGCCACACCCGCCCCCAAAGCCGCCUCCGCCCCCGCUGUCCCCGCCGCCCCCACCGAUCAGCCCCAAGACCCGCCCCCGCAGCAGAAGAAGCAGCCAUAAGUGUGCCGACGAUACGCGCUGCACUUGCCACUGCUCUGCCGGCGCAACCGCAUUUCUUAACAUUUGUCAUCACUACGCUGGCCACGCGCCACUCUCACCCCAGCAGUCCCUCGCGUCACCUCGGUCAACCGCUGCACGCCGCCACCCUUACCGUAUGCUACAGUUGGAAUGUGAUGUAACUUGCAGCAUUGCUACUUUUCGUAUCCUGCAGCCUGCAGAGCGGUGGAAAGUGUAGCCUUUUCCAUAAUACAGUACUAUUAUAUGUAGUUUAAUUUGUUUCUGGGUGGAAUUUACCGUAAAUAUUAAUCCCGAAUUUGCCGAAUUAUCGAUAAUGCAGAGAACUAUCGACAUUGCUGCUUGUAAUAAUAUCGUAUACGUUGGCAUGUACGUCUAGUCGCACCACAAACAGUAGGCCGCGUGAAACCGCAGAUUCAUCGUAUAUGUACCCCACUGUUAAUCACCCUUUAUUAGACAGGUCCCUGUUGUAUUCGUGGUUGUUCACUAGGUGUAUCGCGAAUUAUUUCACGCUUCCUGCAUAAAUUUUAUCGAGGCCCUUUCAAUUUACGGCCCCAUUUCAGAAAAGUUCUAUCAAGCCAAAUGAGAAUAGGGAACAAACUUCAAAUGUUCGAGAAUAUUCGUAGAAAGGCCUACAGCCAUAUGUAGCCCUUGUAAAACAAUCCUGAACCUAUGUAAAGUUAUUGAUACCAUGAGAACUGUAAUAACAAGAUUGCGAAUUUACCUUGUUAUUUGUAUAAAGUUAGGAAUCUUUGUAUAAAGUUACAGUGACCAACAUGAAAUAUAAGUGCUCGAUUGCCGUUUCGAAGGCGGGAGCAACUAUAUCAUACGCAGGGCGAGUCAGGAGGAAAGGUACAUUUUUCGAGGGGUGGAUAGCAUUAGUGAUUCUGAACAAAAACAGUCAUAUGAACAUAUGUCCUGCUCUUAACAGUGUCCUAGGAAACUAAUAAAAACAAUGGGGAACAGGACAAAUGCAGGUGAUAUCCAAUGAAGUAUUGUGAACCUGAUCUAAUGUUUUGUUUAAUUGUGUACAUUUCCUCACACAAGAUGUCUGAAAAGUCCACCAUCAACUGCAAUGCCUUUUGCAGCUCUUGUACACAGCUGCCGUGUUACUAAUUUGAUCUCAUUCGUACGACCCCUUACAUGAACAUGCAAAUGUAAAAUACGGGUGAGAAGUUUCUCCUUUGAGUCCACUCUGUGCUUGUAUACUUCGCUCUUAAACUAACACAACAAAGAGUGAUCCAAUGGUGUAAGUCAGGAGACCUCGAUGUCCAAGAUCGAUCGACCUAUCUGUGAUCGAUCCAACACCCAGGAUGUCAGUUGCCUUAUGAAAUGUCUAGGAGCUCCAGCGUGCUUAAAGUAUAUAUGACGUCAUCUUUCCAAAGGAAUAUCCUCCAAGAAUGGAGGGUUGGUAACACAUUUUGAA